AUGCAGAACUUUUACGCAAAGGAGAAAAACUUCCUCGUCGUCGAGCCGGGAUCAUGGAGGUCCAAGGCCGGCACCGCUGACUAUCUCGAGCAAUAUCCCUGCCACAUCCACUCCCGCAUUGGCGUCAAGUACGUCCCGGUUCACACCGAGUCUGCGCCCUCCGAAGAUCCAUCGAUGGACUCGCCGUCGCAUGUCUCGGACACUGUCAAGGCUGUCUACCAGCCCCUCGACAGCGAGUCCGAUCCGCCCAUCGAUCAGUCGGUGCCCACGGAUCCAGAGGCUCUCAGGGCCGUGCGGCCGAUCCAAGGCGGUCUCGUCGCCGAUUGGGGUGCUUUCGAAGCAUUGCUCGACGACAUUUUGAUCCGGCAACUGGCCGUUAACCGGGCAAAGAACGAGAGCUUGGUGGUGCUCUCGCUCCCGGUGCGCUGGAACAAGUUUGAGCACGAGCGGCUGGCCCAAAUCAUGUUCGAGUCCCUCAACUGCCCUGGCAUCCUCGUUGUUGAACAGCCGCUAAUGGCGCUCUACGGCGCAAACCUCUCUACUGGGCUCGUUAUCGACAUUGGCCACGAAACAACAGAUAUUACUCCGGUCAUCGACAAUGUUGUGGUCCGGCAUGCCUCCAUCACCCUCGAUCUCGGCGGAUCCGAUAUCGACCAAUACCUUCUCUCGCUCCUCCGCGAGGACCCUCAGGUCGCCCAGGACUACGGACACGCCCCCGACCUCAAGCUGGCCCGCGCCAUCAAAGAGUCCAAGUUUUGCGAUAUCCGGCCAGCGACCAUCGCCAAGGUCGACACCGAGACGGAACGCAAGCCGUUCACAUUCGACGGCAAAACAAUCAACCUUGGCCUCAACCGCCAUUUGUGUGCAAACGUUCUCUUUGACCCGCUGCUCGUCGGAAAGUCCAUCCCUAAUCUGUGCGAAGGCAUCCAGCUUGCCAUCUCGGCAAUCAAUGAUCUCGACAAGCGAUUUGCUUUGUGGGAGUCCCUUCUGAUCACUGGCGGAUCGUCAAACCUGAUAGGCCUGAAGGAUCGGCUCGAGUCCGAGAUUGCACCUUAUAUUUCUGCGUCCGAGACGGCCAACGAGUAUCAGCCCAAGGAAAUCAAGUUUCUCAGGCUGUCUGAGUACUUUGUCAACUUCAAGGACCAGCCCCACGAUGCCGCUUUUAUCGGUGCCUCGUUGGUUGCGAAGCUCAUGUUCCCCGAGUCCAAGAACUAUGUAUCCAAGGUUGAUUACAACGAACUGGGACCAGCAUGUGUACAUCUGAAAGCAUAA